AUGGGCGUCAGAGAUUCUCACGGGGAGGCUACCGGGACCCCGGACCCCGUUGAGAAGGGAUUCGCCACCCUCAACACCAUCAGGAUCGGUGUGAAGGCCAUGGUCCACAAGGAUGGAGAAUUAAGAAAAGCAGAGAUUCUGUCUAUAAAGCAGCGGAAAGAUGGCCUUGCUUUCUACGUCCAUUAUGUUGACUUCAACAAACGUCUUGACGAAUGGGUCGCUUCUUCUAGACUCGACCUGUCUCAAGAAGUUGAAUGGCCUCAGCCUGAGAAACCAGAAAAGAAGAAAACCGGCCCUGUCAACAAAGCUCCAAGCAAGAAUAAGCGUGCUAGAGCUGGUAGCCGUGAUGUCUCCGCAACCCCAGACCUUCUCACGGGCAAAAAUGCCAAUGUGGGAAAAGUACAGAGGCCAUCAAAAGCAGGCGGAAAGGAGAAUCGUGGCGAUGAAACUCCCGUGAACUUGUCUUUAUUGGGCUCAGAAGCGGUAUCUGCUGAUGGGACCCCGAAAGCUGACUCCGAGGACAUUGAUAUGAUGGACGUUAGCUUCACCGAUGCAAAAGAAAUCAAAGAGGAGGAACGGGCACUAGGGCUGCCGUCGCGGGAAGAAGAGAUCGAGAGAUUGCGCACUAGUGGCAGUAUGACACAGAACCCAACUGAAAUUCACCGAGUGCGAAACCUUGAUCGACUACAGAUGGGCAAAUACGACGUCGAGCCAUGGUACUUUUCUCCGUAUCCUGCCUCCUUCUCUGACGCAGAGGUGGUUUACAUUGAUGAGUUCUGUUUGGGCUACUUCGACAACAAGCGCGCAUUUGAACGCCACCGCACCAAGUGUACACUCACACACCCUCCUGGAAACGAAAUAUACCGAGAUGAUAACAUCUCAUUCUUCGAAGUGGACGGCCGUCGACAACGAACAUGGUGCCGUAACCUUUGUCUUCUGAGCAAACUCUUCCUGGACCACAAGACUCUUUACUAUGAUGUUGACCCUUUCCUUUUCUACUGCAUGUGCACUCGGGACGACACCGGGUGCCACCUUGUUGGCUACUUCUCCAAAGAAAAGGAUUCCGCCGAAGGCUACAAUCUUGCGUGCAUUCUGACACUGCCUCAAUACCAACGGCGCGGUUUUGGACGACUUCUUAUCUCUUUCAGUUAUGAGCUCAGCAAACGAGAAGGGAAGCUCGGCUCUCCAGAGAAACCUCUUAGUGAUCUGGGAUUGUUGGGAUAUAGACAAUAUUGGCGUGAAACGCUCGUCGAUAUCCUUACAGAUCCUGGGCGCGAGGCAGUCAGUGAGAACGACCUCGCCGUGUUGACGUCAAUGACUGAGAAAGAUGUUCAUGAGACGUUGGCUACAUUCAAAAUGCUUAGAUAUCACAAAGGGAAUUGGGUCAUUGUACUCUCCGACCAAGUCAUUGAAGAGCGCAGCAAGCGUAUAGAGAAAGAAAAGAUCAAAGGAUCGCGCAAGAUUGAUCCGACACGACUCCAAUGGAAGCCGCCAGUGUUCACGGCUUCCAGCCGAACCUGGAACUGGUAG